UAGAGGACUGGCGCUAAGUCACUGAGUUCCACGACGGCAGCCAUGUUCGAGUAGCGGAAGAAAAGAUUUAAUCCUUCUGUUUCUAACCCUUUAAAUAUGUCUUAUAACGCUGAGAAACCGUCAGGAGACCCUGAUGUUCCUGAUACAACAGCUGGUGGAUUUUUCUCUAGUGAUUUUCAAAGGCACGAUGAUUUGAAGAGUAUGUUGGAUAGCUCAAAAGACAAUCUUAAACUUGACGCUAUGAAGAGGAUAAUAGGGAUGAUGGCUGAUGGUCGAGACAUGUCAGGCCUUUUUGCAGCAGUUGUAAAAAAUGUUGUUUCCAAAAAUGUUGAGGUCAAGAAGCUUGUCUACUUGUACCUUGUUAGAUAUGCUGAGGAACAACAAGAUUUAGCCCUCCUUUCUAUAAGCACAUUUCAGAAGGGAUUGAAGGAUCCAAAUCAGCUUAUUCGUGGAAGUGCCUUACGGGUCUUGUCAAGUAUUAGAGUUCCUGUCAUUGCACCAAUCAUGAUGUUAGCAAUAAAAGAGGGUGUAAAUGACAUGUCACCUUAUGUACGUAAAACUGCUGCUCAUGCCAUCCCUAAGCUAUACAGUUUAGAUCCCGAGCAGAAAGAUUACCUGAUUGAAGUUAUAGAGAAACUCCUGAAAGACAAAACAACACUUGUUGCAGGUAGUGCUGUGAUGGCUUUUGAGGAUGUGUGCCCAGAUAGAAUUGACUUGAUUCACAAAAACUACCGCAAAUUGUGUAACCUGUUGGUAGACAUUGAUGAGUGGGGCCAAGUAGCAGUUAUUCAUAUGUUAACAAGAUAUUCACGAACACAGUUUAUUGAUCCAAACAAAGAGCCUUUAUCAGAGGGUGAUUUUUAUCCAAAAUCUGAAUCUGAUGAUGAUGACGACGACAGUGACGAUGAGACAACUGAAAAGAAACCAAAGAAGCAGUCUUACAUUAUGGAUCCUGAUCAUCGGCUACUUUUGCGGACAUGCAAACCACUCCUUCAAAGCAGGAAUGCUGCAGUUGUGAUGGCUGUGGCAAGAGUUUAUCAUCACUUGGCACCCACAGAUGAAGUGAGCAUUGUAGCACGGUCCUUGGUUAGACUUCUCAGAAGCCACAGAGAGGUACAAACCGUUGUCCUCAGUAACAUUGCAACAAUGUCUUCUUCAAGAAACGGAAUGUUUGAACCAUACCUUAAGGGCUUCUUUGUUCACUCUAGUGAUCCAACUCAUAUUCGGCUGUUGAAGCUUGAAAUUAUGACAAAUAUUGCAGGUGAAACUAGUAUUGGGACAAUACUUAGAGAAUUUCAGAGCUACAUUUCCAGUCCAGAUAAACAAUUUGUGGCAUCAACAAUUCAAGCUAUUGGAAGAUGUGCAUCAAAUAUUUCUGAGGUUACAGAUACCUGUUUAGCUGGCCUUGUGCGACUUCUUUCCAACAGAGAUGAGGUUGUGGUGGCAGAAAGUGUGGUGGUCAUCAAGAAACUUCUUCAGCUCAAGCCAAAAGGGAAUUCGGAGAUCAUUACGCAUAUGGCAAAAUUAGUGGAUUCUAUCACAGUUCCGAUGGCCAGAGCAAGCAUUCUUUGGUUAUUAGGAGAAUAUUCUGAGAGAGUCCCCAAGGUCGCACCAGAUGUCCUGAGGAAAAUGGCAAAAUCUUUUGGAUCUGAGGAGGAUAUUGUCAAGUUGCAGAUUCUUAAUUUAGGCUCAAAGUUAUUCAUCACAAACCCAAAACAGACGAAACUUUUGUGCCAGUAUGUCUUGAACCUUGCAAAGUAUGAUCAGAGUUAUGAUGUCAGAGACAGAGCAAGAUUUCUACGGCAACUUCUCAUUCCAAAUGACACGGGUGGUCAUCUGAGUAAACAUGUGAAGAAAAUUUUUUUGGCAUCAAAGCCCCCGCCAGUUAUACAAUCAGUAUUUAAAGAUCGUCAAGGUUUUCAAGUUGGUUCCUUGUCCCAUAUGAUUAACCUCAAAGCUGUUGGUUAUCAGGAACUGCCAGAGUUUCCAGAGGUUGCCCCAGAUCCUUCUGUCAGAAAUGUAGAAAUUCAGCCAGUUUGGGGAACUAGCUCAUCAAAGAAGAAUGUCAAGUCAAAGAAAUCUACAUUUUACUCAGAGUCAGAAUCAGGCUCGGAAUCAGGAUCAGGAAGUGAUAGUGAGGAAGGAAGUGAAAGUAGCAGUGGAUCUGAAGAGGAUGAAGAUGAAAGCAAAAGUGAAUCUGAGGCAUCAACUAAAACAGGUGAUAGUGGUGAUGAGAGUGAUGAAAGUGAAAGUGAAGAGAAAUCAUCCUCUGAGUCAGAGACAGAGAAAAGCAGUGAGGAAAGUUCAGGGAUAUCAUCUGAAGAGGAAAAGACUCCAGUUAAGAAGCCUGUCAAGGUAUCAAUAAAGGCUUCCAAGCCAGCAAAACCAUCCAUUGAAACAGCAGAGACAGACAAGGGAAAUACUCUUCUGAUUCUGGAUGACUUAAAUGAACCAGCCACUCCUAGCAUUAGUUCAAGUUCCAGUAAAAUUCUGUCACCUAGCCUGGCCUCUGAGAUUGAAUCAUUAUCGCUUGCAAAGGAUGUACCUACUGUCAUCGCUCCACUUAGUCCAAGCUUUUCAACAGCAAAAUCACACGAACUACUCCACCGAAUGCAAGGCAAAGGGCUUAGUGGCAGUUACAAGUUUACUAGAGGCCCUUGUAUUUAUUCUACCUCAAUGGUGGCUGUAGAAGUAACGUUGGUCAACUACUCUGAAGCUCCUAUUUCUAAUAUUUGUGUGGGUGAGAAGAAAUUAGCAACAGGAAUGACUAUGCAUGAAUUUCAACCAGUUGGUAAGUUGGUGAAUGUCUGUUUUGUUUUCUGCAUUAUGAAGUGUGCCUUGCAACCCUAACUCUUACAUCCAAAAGGAUUAAAGCUCAGUCUGCCAUUAUAUUAUUAGUUUCAUACAGUUUGUAAGUGACCUCUCUCAUCUCUUAUUGUGCCCUGUAGGACACCUAAGGCCAUGUAAGUGACCACCCUGCUAAUACUGUACAGUCAGAUUGCGAGGGUCAUUGCUGCAUUAACAAUUUUCUAAUGCUAUGUUAAACAGUCCAAACAAUCAAAUUAACUUUGUUUAUAUAACAAAUGUGCACCCUUGCAUCCCCAAUCAAAUAAUUUAAAACUCAAGUGGUACAGGCACCAGUGGUCAAACCAGGUGUAAGAAGCAAAAAAUAACAUCCCUUCUCAAAUUUCUGGACUUUUUGGAUAAAAUUAGUUAUUAACAACUCAUGAGUUUUGGUAUGAAAGGCUGUUUUUUAGGGAUUAGGGAAAAGAAAGACACUCUUGAGGGUGAAAUAAAAAUGACACUGUGA